GGAAAACGAGUGUAUAUGCAUAUAUAUAAAUGGUAACCAUAGUAAUCAUGGACGCCAAGGCUUUGGCUACCAUUGCUUUUGUCAUUUAUUGAACGGCCAGUUUGUAACCUUCGCAUUUAUUGACCUCCUAUCGGCCAUUGGUGGACUCACUGAUGGACUCACUGUGUAGGCUUUUCAAGUGCCACCUGGAAAAAGUAUCUGGCUCCUUUGCUGUUAACAGCCAUACUAUCUUUGAACAAUACCGUCAUCACUGAUCAUCAGCAUGGGAACCGGAAUUUCCAGGGCGACCACCAAACACACCUUGUACGUCAAAACGGGUGACCGAUUUGGUAUGGGAACAGACGCCACAGUCUCUGUUGCGUUUUACAACGACAAGGGACAUCGUUCUCGUCAAUUCAAGCUCGAUAGAAUCUUUCAUGAUGACUUGCGAACUGGUCACAUGGACAAGAUACAGGUUGGUCUGGAGAAUAGCUUUGGAUAUCCCGUCUGCAUAGAGCUGUCUCGGAACAAUGUAGGGCUAGGGGCAGCCUGGUUUUGUGAAUUUAUUCAAAUUGUGAACACCAAGACCAAGAAGGAACACACGUUUCCAGUUGAUCGCUGGGUGAAUCCGAACCCUCCUAUCAAAUUGAAGGAAUACGAUACUGUUCUCCCACAGGAUGACGAGAACAAAGCUCAGAGACAGAACGAACUACAGAGAAAGAAGGAUCUUUAUGUCCCGAUCAUCAAUCAAAUGACUGGCACGCUCACCUACAAGGACCUUCCUCCUGACGAAAACUUCACCAUCAGAUCAACAUUUCAGCUUCUUGCAAAUGGAGUGAAGCUCCUUAGAGAAGCGGCGCUGUUGGAUAUCACCUUAGAUAACUGGACAUCGUUGAAAGAGAUAGAGGAAAUCUAUCGAGAACCUCACUUCCCAGUACCGAUGGGAGUGCAGUGUUGGAGGUCAGACAAAGAAUUCGGCAACCAGAGACUGGCGGGGUGCAACCCAGCAAUGAUUCGACGGUGUACUUCAAUACCAGUGAAUUUUGCCGUGGAUGAGAAAGAGCUCGAACCCCUGAUCGAAGGAUUUACAAUUCAAGAUGCUAUCGAUCAAAAACGUCUCUUCAUAAUAGACUAUAAUUUUCUUCAAGGUUUACCUUGUACGGAAAACAGAGAGAUAUGUGCUCCUUUAGCCCUUUUCUUCGUCAACAAGGAGAAAUAUUUGAUGCCAAUUGCAAUUCAGAUCAAUCAAGACCCAGCACCAGAUAAUCCGGUGUUUUAUCCGACGGAUCCCGAAUAUACUUGGCUAAUGGCAAAAUGUUACUUCAACUUGGCUGAUUCAUCGGUUCAUGAGUCAGCUAGUCAUCUUGGAUUCACACAUCUCUUCGGUGAAUCAGUUGUCAUAGCAACGCAUCGUUACCUAUCUCAGUCUCAUCCUCUAUUUCGUCUUCUUGCUCCUCACUUCUUGUAUCUUCUAGCCAUCAAUAGUAAGGCCAUGUCUGAUUUGAUUGGAGAGGGCGGUUUUGCUGAUGAAAAUAUGAACAUAGGAAGGAUUGGCAUGGCGGAAAUCGUCAAACGUGCUUCUGCAACUUGGCGGUUGAACGUAGAGGGCUCUCUCCACGCUGACCUUGAAGAGAGAGGAGUCUCUGAUCCUGAGGUUUUACCCAACUACCACUAUCGUGAUGACGCCAUACUCCUACACAGAGCAAUACACAGCUAUGUGGAAGAGGUGGUGGGACAUCAUUAUGAUACCCCCCAGAAGAUUUCUGAUGAUUAUGAACUUCAAGAAUGGGCGUGGUUCUUGGGUGGUCAACCAAAGAGUGACGGGGAAAUCACAGCUGGAAUAAAGGGAUUUCCAAACGGAGGACAAUUAAAGACGUCAAAGGAGAUCACUAUGGUUGUCACUGACUUGAUAUUCUUGCUCAGCGCUGGUCAUGCCGCUGUGAAUUUUGGUCAGUAUGAUAAUUUCGGAUUCCCUCCAGCCUACCCAGCUUGGUUAAAUGGCAAACCACCGCAGGACAAGACUGCAUUAUGUGAAAAGGAUAUCAUCGACAAGUUAGCCAGCAAGAAACAAACUUUACAGACCAUGUCUAUCACCAAACUGCUUAGCACACGUGAUAACAAUCCAAUAGGAGACUUCGAGCUUCAGUACAUGUAUUAUCCCGCAGACCUCGAAGCAUUGGAUAGAUUCCGUGCUGAGCUGAAAAGAAUCGGUACCAUUAUUGAUGAAAGGAACAAGACAAGAGAAGAGAAAUAUCUUUGGUUACAUCCAUCUGAAGUACCCAAUUCCAUAUCAAUCUAACAAGUUUCAACGUGAAGACAUCAUGCAAAACGAAAACUAGGUACAUGACCAUGUGCAGCGGGGACCAAGGGGGCAGUUGCCCCCCCCCCAUAAAUUGUGAUAACUUACAUUUUCUCUGAAAAUUUCCACAAAAUUCAACAAAAGUUUGACUGAAGUCCUUUAGUUUCACUCUACAAGCUCUAUACAAAAUGCAAUGAACGCUCCAAUGACAAGCUCGGCCGCUUCGCUCCCUCGCUUCUAAGGUUUUCGAAAAAAAGUUUACUCUGACUCGUCCUGCCCCCGAACAAAAUAUUUCUGGGUACGGUCAUGACUAUGCUCAAAUAGUUUUUGUUUUAUCAUAUUUAUUGGAACACUGUGAAAAACUUACAACUUAUAAACGAUUAGAAUGACAAAGAUUCACAAUUUAUAAAGUAUAAUACGAGGUAAGGUGUGGUUUUCCUUUACUUUCGUUUUAUGAUAAGCCAAAUUAUUUAUAGGAAUGACACCUUGAUUAGAAACAUAAAAGUAAGCGACACAGAAAUCAUUGCCAAUGGCUAUACUGAACAGAAUUGAAUCUUGACGGUUGUGGCAAUCUGUAGGUUUAUCUUUUGUAUGAUAUUAAUAAAAUAUUUUUAUAUUCCUUUUCUUGCAUUAUGCUUGCUCAUUUGUAUAUAUGUUUUGUUUAGUAGUUGUCUCCCUGGAUAAUUAUUCUUCUUGAAUAUAAGAAUAAAUCAAUGCUAGUUUAUGUCAAUUUAAUUUUUGACAAGUAAGAAAUCUACGUCACACAAGUCUAUCUUUUCUGUAUAAAUCUCUUCUUUCUAUUGUUGUAUUAUAUCGAAGUCCGAUUUAUGCUCAUAAAGUAAUAAUUUGACAAAACUAUAUUAUAAAGACCAUUCUGGGAUUGCU